CUUGGAAAUUUUUUGUUUUAGUCAUCUUUUGCAUCAGUCCUUCAAGACUUUAAACAAGCAAAAAAAUAAACCCAAGUAAAUAAUACAACAAACAAACAAAAAACAAUGCCGCCCACUGCAGCCCGGAGACACCGAUCAAGGUCUUCGGUCGAUUCGCUCUUGGAGCUCGUCCACGGCCUGAACGACCAUGACGUGCACCGCCUAUUGGCCGACUUGAAUAACACUUCUGAAGGGAACGUGGCCGUGGCCAAGGCGCUCGACAUUUUCCAAAAACCCAACUCGCCCAAGUUCGAAUUUGGAUCGAGACAUGUCAGCAACCCAUCGCCGACCCUACUCGUAGCUCGCUCUCGCCGCCUAGCCGCCGACAACAACAGGGCCUACAACAACAACCACUAUACCCAUUUGCGCCUGCACCAUGCAACGACCUUGCCUGCUGCAAAGGUGCAAACACAAGCUGAUGGCUGUGUUACAAAUUCUGGGGCCACCUUUGGCAAGCGCAUAUCCUCGGCACCGCUUCUAGACAGAGAGCGUGCAUUACCUCCGCGACAGAGCCCGACGACAUGCGAAACAGUUGAGGAAAGCCAAUCGGCAAACAUCUGUAUACCAACCCGUGGCAGGCCUCCGUCAACUCCUACCACCGCACGUUCUCCUCGCACCGAGACACGCUCACCAACUUCCCCCUUGAAUGUGUCACAAACUCCGUGCCUUUUCGCUCCCGCGGCGCCGCCUCCUGUCCCGGUUCCCACAUUAUCACCGCCGCCGCCGCCACGGGCAUCAUCCCAAGGGCCUCGGGCGUACAAGCGCAUCAGCCGCCCCAAGUUCCACCUGCCGUUCUCUGCAGCAGCGAACAACAACAACACCACCACCCAGACGUCGUUGCACGUGCCGACGCUAGCAUUCCCCGGCGACGGCAGCCAGGGACAAGACGAGGGCGAGCACGGCGAGCAGCCCGAUCUUCGCGCGCUGCUCCUGGCGGCCUACACCUUGGGGGAUGGCUGCAACCUGCCCGCGCCGCAGUCGCCGCAGUCGUCGCCGCUGAGGGGUCCGCGGUCCAUGGUCAACCUGCGAUCGCUGCGGCGGCAGCAGGAGCAGGACGAGGAGUUUUGGUUCGACGGCAGGAGGCCGACCACGCCGGACAACAUGCUUCUCGAACCCCUGCCGCGCUUCGGUGUGGCGGCGCCAACUGCCAGGAUGGAUCCUUGGCGGAUGGACAGUCUUUCUGCGAUUUUGAACGAAGCUUAGCUUGGAUUUGCUUUCUUAUCUUUUAUUCUUUCUUCUUCUAUAUCAGAGAAGCCAUUUUGAGUACGGUCUCGAGUCCUUUUCGGUGUUUAUUUCUAGUGUCAGUCACCAAAAUAGGUGCUCUUCUUUAGCGUUCAGUUUCUUUGUCUGGGCUUAUCUUUUUUUUUCUUAUCCUCUUCAUCCAAUUCUCUGUUUUCGUCGAACCCACACUUCCUUUUCCUGUGCGGACUCCUCCCCAUUACUGGCAUCUCUUAGCUCGACCUCCCAAAUUUUUAGUCUGUAGCUCCCACGGUCUCCUUGGCCUGAGAACAAAUCAAAAGACCACCCGUGCUUUGGACACGCAAUGCCUGUGCUCAGGACUACUCCAAAAUCCUCAAUGUCAAAAGGGGAUCCCCGCGAGAGGGGGAAGGACGAAUGUGGACAUUGCUUUGGUUGACGUCAGUUGGCAGUUUGUACCAAGAAAAAAAACAAUCUAACUUGGACAUUCCAGACUUGUUUGUGUGAAACCUUCAAGUGGAAAACAAAAGAAAUGAAACAAAAUGGCAGUUGAAAAGGACUCA